ACUCCUGUGUGUCCCCAUUGCUCCUUUAGGUGUGAAGGCCGAGCCGCUACUCUCUCUCUACAGCCCUGGCGGCGGCGGCGGCGGCGGCGGGGAUGAUGAAUAGGGCGGUGACGGACAGAGCGAUCACCGGAUUCUUCCGCCAGUCCUUCGUUCUCCUCAGAAGCCUAAGCACUUCCGUCUCUCCUCCGGCUCCGAGCUCCUCCGCCGCCGGGGAGUCGAAGCCGAAACGGAGGAAGAAGAAGAACCUGUUCGACGUGAUACAGUUCCUCCCCAGCUGGGGGCUCGGCUACAAGGUGGCUAAGACCCACUGGCAAGACGUCUCCUACGAGCUCACCAAGGUCAAUCUCUACAAGGAUGGGCGGCACGGCAAGGCAUGGGGGAUUAGAUACAAGGCCGGUAUACGAGCAGCUGAUGCUCCUGUGAAAAUGAGCGGCGUAAACAAGCGUGGGUGGAAGUAUAUUCCAGAGUCUGAGAAGGAAAAAAGAAACUCUUCCAAAGUGGUAAAACAGAGCUUGGCUUAGUUUUGAGGCUUUGUGGUGUGCCUUGACCAUUUUUUUUUGUUCUUGCUGUUCAAUGUCAAUUUGUAGGGCUUUACCUGGUGGCCUUUCACAUGAUAUUGUCUUUUCAUCAACGAGGCAUGUCUAGUCUUAUCUUGGGCUACUUAAAAUAGUUUAGACACACUUUAUAUUUGCUUGGAUGCUUUAUGCAAUAGUAAUCAUUCACCUUCAAGUCUGAUAUCUUGUUA